CCUAGCAGUCCAGGUUGACACUGUGCCUAGUAGUCCCAGCGCAAGGGAAGUGGAGGGGAAACAGAGAUGAGCUACAAAGUUGUGUCUUGUUUCCUAUUGCCAGCAAUUUGAGGAAGAAAAAGGAAGGAAGGUGAAAGAAAGAAAGAAAGAAAGAAAGGGGAAAAAAGGAUGCAACAUUGGCAUUAAAGCAAAGGAGGCUACACUUUGCAAGGAACUUCAUCCUUGGAAAGAAUUGAUUUUGGAAAGAAAGAGAAGAAAACAGAAAAGGAGGAGUGUGCAAUUGUUUCUUCACUUUUGUUUCUUUUAAUCCUUUUCUUGGCUCCCAUUUCCCCCCUUUUUAAUAAUAAUAAUAAUAAUUAAAUCCUGAUUUUUAAAAAUUUAUUAUUUCUUGUUUAAACCUUUCCUUCUUCCCCAAUUCCUGACCUCGAUGCCAGCCAUGAUCGAAAAAGGCCCCGAGGUUUCGGGGAAAAGAAGGGGUCGGAACAAUAAUAAUAAUGCGGCUUCCAACACCGCUUCUGCCUCGGCUGGGGCCAACACCAGUGCUCCCAGUGCCACCAGUGCCACCAGCGCCACCACCAGCACCACCACUAACAGCAGCAGCAGCAGCAGCAGCAGCAGCAACAAUGGGAAUAAUAACAGCAAAAGUUUGGCUGCGGGGGCAGCAGCAUCGGCGGCGCCUAAUGGGAACAGCAGCAGCAACAACUCUUGGGAAGAAGGCAGCUCGGGCUCUUCCAGCGAUGAAGAGCAUGGAGGAGGAGGAAUGAGAGUGGGAUCCCAAUAUCAAGCCGUUGUUCCUGACUUCGAUCCUGCUAAACUUGCAAAGCGGUCUCAGGAACGGGAGAAUCUUGGUAUGCUGGUCUGGUCACCCAAUCAGAAUAUUUCUGAAGCAAAAUUGGAUGAGUAUAUCGCUAUUGCAAAGGAGAAGCAUGGCUACAAUAUGGAACAGGCCCUUGGGAUGCUCUUCUGGCACAAGCAUAACAUUGAGAAAUCUCUGGCUGACCUACCUAACUUUACCCCCUUCCCCGAUGAGUGGACAGUUGAAGACAAAGUCUUGUUUGAACAGGCUUUCAGUUUCCAUGGGAAAACAUUUCACCGAAUCCAGCAGAUGCUUCCUGACAAAUCGAUAGCAAGCUUGGUGAAAUUCUAUUACUCAUGGAAAAAGUCAAGAACCAAAACAAGUGUCAUGGAUCGUCAUGCUCGCAAGCAGAAAAGAGAAAGGGAGGAAAGUGAGGAUGAAAUAGAAGAAGCAAAUGGAGCCAACCCUAUCGAUAUAGAAGUUGAACAAAACAAGGAAAGCAAAAAAGAGAUUUCUACUCCACAGGUGCCCCCAGUGGAAACAAUUCCUCAGGUAAAGAAGGAGAAGCACAGUAGCCAGGCUGCAAAAAACAGGGCCAAGAGGAAGCCUCCCAAAGGAAUGUUUCUUUCACAAGAAGAUGUGGAAGCAGUCUCUGCCAACGCAUCAGCCGCUACCACCUUGUUGAGGCAACUAGAUAUGGAAUUGGUCUCCAUCAAACGACAGAUUCAGAAUAUCAAGCAAACAAACAGUGCUCUGAAAGAGAAACUUGAAGGAGGAAUAGAACAAUACAGGCUGCCAGAGGUUACAUUGAAAUUUAAUGCACGUUGGACCACAGAAGAGCAGCUUCUUGCUGUGCAAGCAAUCAGGAAAUAUGGCCGUGACUUUCAAGCAAUCUCUGAUGUGAUUGGAAACAAAUCCGUGGUGCAAGUGAAAAACUUUUUUGUAAAUUACCGGCGACGUUUUAACAUAGAUGAAGUCCUGCAGGAGUGGGAAGCAGAGCACGGCAAGGACGAGAUGAAUGGAACCAAUAGCCAGAAACCUGUAAAAUCACCAGAUAAUACCAUUAAAGUGUCAGAAGAAGAAGAAGAGGCUACUCCUGUUUUGGAUGUCAGAUAUCCAUCUGCUUCAUGAGAAACUCAGGUAGCCUAGAACAAUGCUAUGUUUUGACUACUGCGUUAUCUGCGAUAUCAGGUAUUAGCAAAACCUCAGACAGCCAUCUGCAUCAUAUCUCUGUGAACAAGCAGCUAUUACCAAAAAAAGAGAAAGAGAACAAACAGAUGUCAAAUAAAACAAAAGGCAAACACUUCUGCUCCCGUGCUACAUACUUGCCUUAAUUUUCCCUCAUUCCUCCAUACUGCCACCAUUUAUGCUUCAACCGUUCCUGGGACUGAUUCUGGUUUCCCAGCAACAUCCCAGUUUACAGCAUCAGCUGCUCCUUGAACCAUCUUCACACCAGUGCAUAAACCUUGACCAGCCAACUUUCCUCUUCCUUCCCAAGUUCAAAUUUUGUCUCCCAAAAGUAACCUCCUUCGCAAUAGAGUAUUAAUAUGUAUUUCUAUAUGACAUUGUAUGGUUUCUGCUUAUUUUCUGAUGUAACCAUUACUUAUAAAGUGAUCUCUCUUUCUUUCUUUGUAUGUUUAAUGAAUUCUGCUAAGAAAAAGUAUUGUGCUUAUGCCAGUUGGUCUGGCAAGUUUGUCGGGGGAUACAGGGGGGAGAUAGAAUGUCAAGGAAUAGUUCACCAGCCUCCUGGCAUGCACAGUUCUUUUUGCAUAUGUUCAGCAAUGUUUUAGAAAGCUCACAAAAAUUAAUUGUGAUUUUUAUGAUUAUUGUAAUGGACCUUUUUAUUUUAAAUCAAAAGGGAAUGCACAGCCUGUAUACCUGCAUUGAAAUAAUACACACACCUACACAAGUGUAUUUGCAUUAUAACAUUUUCUUUUCCUGAGGCCCUUCUGAACCUUGAAAAAUGCAAGAAAUGGCUUUUUAAAAUAUUCUAAAUAAUUUCUUCCAUUGAAUUAGCUGUUAGCACUAUAAAAUCAUGUAGGAUUUUAAUCAUGGCUGUCCAGAGGUUGUCACUGGGAUUGCUUUUAAUGUAGACACAAUAUUUAAAUAGUUACAACAUCUGUAUAUAUAUUUGUUAAGAUACUGAAGUAAAAUUUUAUCUGUCAUUUAUGAUUUAAAAAAUUGGUCUUUAGCAUGUGAUCCAGUGUAUGCUAGUAUGGUUAGAACAUGUUGCAAAUGUGCAAUUUACUGACAUGUGGUGCAGGUUAUCUAUAUCUGAAUUGACUCAUAAGAAGUAUGUCUAUAUAAUAACAUGCUAAAGCCAGAGCAGUGAUAAGAUGAUGGUCUGGCUUCAGCAUGUCAUUGUGUUCAUCCUUCUCAAAUGCAACUUUCCAUUGGUAAAUGCAGAAGAUGGUGGGUGAUCAUUCGCAAUUAUACACACAUGCAGAGAGAGAGCUAGGGAGGGAGGAAGCACUGCUUCUUCUCUCGUUUCUUAAAGAGUGUGUAUAGUUUUCUGCAAGGUAAAAAACAAAAGAAAAACAAAGGGAAGUCAAGAAUCUCAUGGAACAACAAAAACAAUAAAAACCUCUUAAAAAUUGGAACCAACUAAUGUAAUAUGGAUCAAAGAAGCUGAAAAGCAAUAGCAUGCGAAUGUCAAAAGCCUUCGUCUUAAAUCUAAUUGUUAAUCCCAAUUAGAAGUGAACCCAUUGAAUCAAUGGAAUUUGCAUAUGUGCUGAUGUAUCAAGUUCCCAUUAACUAGCUCAACUUACUCUAAUUGGAACUAAUAUUUUGAUUUAAGAUUUGGUGUCUCUCCCUAAUUCGGUUCAAGUGAACCUCCUUCACCUUGGGCUGGAGCAGAUGGACAGGAAAGAACGGCUCGAUCCUGCUUUUUCCAAAAGCAGACAUCCCACUGCUUUGCUACAGCUCCCCACUCAUAUUGGGGUGUUUACAUGCAGGCAUGUAGAUGUGCAUUUUCUGAAAAGCUGGAGUAUCCCAGCCACUUUUUGCUCUGUUUUUUAGCCCCGGAGUGGUGCUUUGUUUUGGUUUCCACCCCUUUGGAAGCAUGUUUCAUAUAAACGCUCUGCCUUCAAAAUGGCUGGAAGCUGCUCUAUUUUGUCCAUCUGUUUCAACCCCCCCCCCAUGAUACUUACCGUGGAACUAACUUUUAAAAACAUCCCUAGUCUUUUGCAUGUAAAAUCCAAGAAACAUUUGCAAAGAAUAGAUUCUUGUAAAUGUUGUGAUGAAGAAUUGAUAUAUUUUAAUAUUUUAAAGUUAUGGACUUGGGAUGUUGCCCAAUCAUUCUGGUUGGCUUUGAGUUGAUUUUUUUCUUUAAAAAAUUCAGAUACCCUACCAGACAAUGAAUGCAGAAUUUAAUAAAAGAGAACUCUUACUGUAUCAGUAUUUUUUAUUCAAUUCACAAGUAGAUGCACAUUACUCAAAUGAUUUCACUCAAAUUUGUACUGACUGAGAUUUAAAUUAUAUGAUCAUUGCUCUGUGUGUGCGUGAGAGAGAGAGAGAGAGACAGAGACAGACAGAGAGAUGGACCAUUUUAGAUAUUAGACAUAGGAUUUAAAUAUUUGAAAACUGUCUUAUACGCUUUAAUCUCUUGUUUUCUCGUUAAUUAAAAAUGUGUUAAGAGUCCUGGAGCUAGAAACCUUCUCCUAAUAUGCUAGGAUUGUGAACAUAGAAAUUAUUUAUGUGGUGUAACAUUCUAGCACAGAUUCUCUCCCACAGUCAUAUUUACUGUCAAGCACACAAUACUGAGAUUGACUUUAAUUUAGGAAACUAGGGCCUGUUACAGACUGCCAAAAUAAAGCUGCUUCGGGUGUCUUUGGAGGUAUGCUGUUUAAAUGAUGCAUG